AUGCUGAUCGACGGAAUGGAUCAAGCGAAGUUUCGCUGUCCUCGCAACCUUCGAGCCUCCGCCACUUUCGCGAAUCUGUCGCGGCCUCCUCUGCACAUGACAGGAUGCGUCCUGAUCGGGGUGGUUGAAACGUUUUACUUGUUGGAAGCCGACACCAAGAAGGACAGCAACAUGGUAGCAACGUGCCUCGCUCACUGCCUUGACAAAGGCCGACGCGCACUUGAGCUCAAGGGUGCAGGUUACGGCUUGCCGCGCCACCUGAUCAUCGCUGCAGACAAUUGCAGCCGUGAGAACAAGAACAUGCACCUCGCCACCUUCGGCGCCUAUCUGAUCAGCAAGGGUCACUUUGACAGCGUGGAAUUUCAGUUUAUGCUCACAGGCCACACGAAGAAUGAGUUGGACCAGCGAUUCAGCUCUGUUGCCACCACUUUGAGACAAGCAAGUACACUUGAGAGCCCAAGCCAAUUUUCCAAUUGGCUUUCAAGUCACUUGGAGCCAGUCUUGGGCUCCCAGUUGUGCGUCGAAGUUUUGAGCGCGACGUGGGACUUCCAGUCCUGGUUCGCCUCCUUUCAGUUGUCUAUGAAAGGAUUGACCGCUACGCAUUUGGAGCCGGACACGAACCACUGUUGGAGGAUGAUGUUGCGAAAGAAUUUGGAACCUCAUGCUACAGUUGUUUGCCACAAUUCUGCCUGGAGCGAUCUGCCUGAGGAUCCAAACGAUGUGGUUCUUCUCAUGCUACCUGCGCAUCUACACAAGAAGUUGAAACAGGAUGAUUUGCAGGUCAGUGAACGCAGGAAGUGGAGCGAGGAGGUCUUGAUUGACUACCGCAAGGCGGCCAAGGCCGUUGCUGCGGAUCCUUGGAGGCUUUUUGAGGCUCAGAAAUGGUUGGAAGAUUUGUGUGAUGAGAACCAGGCCAUGACUGAGAAGCAGCCUCCUUUGCUUGCAAUGGUCCACGAGGAUGGCCAGUUCCAGGAUCAUUGCUUGCUCCCGGAUUUCGAAGACUUGUUCAUAGAAGAUCCAAAGCCGCGUGAAAUCAAAGUAGGCAAGGGCAAAGCCAAGGCAGCGCCAAAGAAGAGACCUGCAGCUGCUGUUGAGCGCGCUGCUGAGGACCCCACGCCCUACAAGCGGCCUGCUGCUGCGGCUGGAGUUUUGAGGCGACCUGCUGCGGGCGAAGCGAUGUCUGAGGGUGAAGCAGGUGUUGAAGGCCCAGCCGCUCGUGAGGCUGAUCAUCCGCCUGCUGACGAUCAAGCUAGAGCUUUUGAUAUGCCAAAGCCUGCAGCUGCAGUCAUGAAGCGCCCUGCCCGGCAUGUGAAACAACAUGUGGCGAAGCGCCCUGCCUCCCUGGCAGACUCAGAACUAGAUGGCUCUGAGAAGAACCAGGAAGGGCAAACUUACCAGGAUUUUGUCGCUGACUGCGCCCUUGAAUACCGCGAGUACAAAGAUGACACCACGUCCUACAAGACUUUCAACCCAGAGACUGGGAAGCAUGAGAGCGUGAAGCCCGACAGCUGGGAUGUUUUUCUUGCCAGUGCCUUGGCGGAGGGCGGUUGGAAGAAGACUUGUGGAGUGUGGUGGGCUGCGAAGCAAACCCUUUACAUCGUGGACAAGCUAGAGAAGGAACGAAAACGAGCAAAGACUGUGAAGCUGGAGAGCAGUGGCACUGAGCCUACUGAUGAUGAUGGCGGAGAGGAUGUGGAGAUGCUUGCGCACGCGCCCUUGGAACCCAAUCAGAAGUGGGUUGACAUGAUGAAGGAGGCAUUGGAUGGGCAGCCAGGUGGACCAGCGGUGUACCUGACCAAGCUGUUUCCGAGCGAUGUGGAGAAGACAUCUUUUUCGAAGUGGUUGUUCCCUGAGCGCUCGGACAUUUGCUACCACCACAAGUCAGAGAUUCCCCACGUGCAAGAGCAGCAAAUGGCACAAACGCCACCACUCGCUUUGCACAUUGCUGCAUUUGGUUGGGAGGAUGGAUGUGGCGUCAAGCCACCCCCUGGGCGAGACCUUGCUUUGCAGCUGAUGGAUUGGUUUUGCAAAGAUGGCUUUGUCACCAGUGGAGAACCCAUUCUCAUAGCUCAGCCUCUUGGCCUUCAGACAAGUGUGUUGGAGGCGCCUUGGCAAGGUUCUGAUGACACCUCUGCAGAUCAAUGCUUGAAACCAUUCACAGUUGGAUACAUCAAGGGAAGAGCCCGCAUGACCUCCAUCUUGGCGCUGCUUGGCUUGAUCUAUUCCCACGAGGAGUCCUUCGACUUCAGGUCCCAGUGGCCCCAGCUCUAUGACUCUCUUUCUGUGAUUUGGGUUCAUCACUUGCGGCAAAGCACGAAGGAAGACGAAGUCCUUUGCAACAUGAAACUUAGCAUGCGUGGAAGCCUGCGGAAAGCAUGCAAUGUGGUGCAAAUGGCUUCGAUGAUCAAGAGGCUGAUGGCUGAAGGGGGAACUGACUACCCUUCCUUUGUCCGGCGAUUCAACAGCCAAACCGUGCAGUCCCACCAGAUUCGAGGAAGGAAAGCCGCUGCCCUCAAGCUCCUUUUCGAAUCAGACGUCUUGGACGCAAUCCUCACGCACGUCAACAAUUUGGGCUGGCCUGACUCCGCGUGGACAGAGGAGAACUUGUCCUCAAAACGGUUGUUCACUGGCCACCAGUUCCCAGCCAAAACCAAGAAAUGGAUGUGUCGUGUGCGGGUCACUGAUGAUUCUUUGAGGCUUAUGACUUCCCGCGUUCAUUUCACCAAGGAGCACCCAGUGCCCAACAUGCCGAGCAAGAAGGACGACUCAGGUGCGAUGGAGGCUGUGGCUGAGAAGGCUGCAGCCUUGACAAGUCUGGCAGCUGAGUUCUGCUCAGAGCACCCGGUCAGCAUUGAGGUGGUCCGGGAGAAAGUCUUGGAAGAGUGGGCGCGCGGCUGCGAGCGCAUUGAUUGUGAGCUCACUGCGGCUUUGCUUGAGAAGAAUGAGGGGUUCCAGGUUGGCCAGUCAAUGCCAUGCUUCAAAGCCUUGCUGGAAGACAAUAUCUUCAAAGCGCCGGUGUCAUCAACUCAGGAGGUGGCUUUGAGAUCUGCUCUCAAGAAGGAUGAGUACGAGAUGGUGAUCAAGAAGAUGGACUACGACAGGAAGGUCUAUGAAAUCUGGCAGCAGAAAUGCACCUCAGUCAGCGUUGCGCGGCAGCAUGCCCGACAGGAGCAUUUUGUGGCUGAGCAUGCCAAGGUGGUUGAGUCUGUGGAGGGGUUUGUUGAUGGCUGCGUUCGGUUGCCGUGCUGGGAGAACAUGAAGGGCGCAGACUCAUUGAUCCCACAGAUCUUGGCCUUCAGACAGGACAUGCUGAAGAAGCUUCGGACCCAGUCCACUGCGGCAGUAGAUGUGCCAACCGUAGUGCUCAUGAAUUGGACGGCGCCUUGUUUGUUGGCAGCCAGCCGACAAAAGGAUCAUUCAAAUGUCCUUGCAUGGGCGCUGCAUGACAACACCAACUCAUGCGGCGUGAUCUUCUCCCCAACCUUCUCGUGGAACAAGGGCAAAACUUUCUUGGAGGAGCACGCAGCUAUGCAAGUCUUGCUCUCAGGUGGCCACAACCUUGACUUUCAGUUCAGCCUCCUGUUCAGCGAGCGGUGCGACCAAAGGGAUACUCGGCCUUUACUGUAUCCUGCCAGGUUUGCUUUUCCAGGAUACGUCGUUGACCUCCAGAAGUCCAACCUCUUUUUCCAGAGUGAACUUCGAAAAGCAGGACGCACGGAGCCUUGCAAGCAGCUGCCCGCCAAGGACUUGAAGGAAAUGGAGGAUUUGGCGGCUGACUCUUUGCCAACUUCCACCAGCUCAAAUUUCAUCUCGGGCGCCGCAAAGCAUUGCCAACUUGGCCUUCCAGCCGCUGAGGAAGUCAUCCGCAAGAUUUUUGCUGGUCCAGAUUUAGAGCAAGUGCCUGCAGUGAUUGUGCUAGAUUUGUUUCCGCGGGUUGGAGACUUCACCCAUGCAUUUUGCAAGGUGCGGAGCAGCAUCCCUGGGACUUCCAUCUUUUACGUCGGCGUUGUAGAGAAGGCGAAGGACUUGGAGUGGCUGCGGGUGAGCUUGGUUGAUGACCUUGUUGAGAAGGCAAAAGGCGGGCAGUUUCAGUUCCCCGGCCAGCGUGCCUACCAGAAGGACAUUCCCUCAGACCUUUUGGAGGCGUUGCCCCAGUUUCCCAUCCUGAACUUGUUGGUCACUUCAGGUGAGGGUGAGUUUCGAAAGCUGCAGAUCCCCAAGCCCUUGGUUCAGAAAUGGCGCACUGAUUCGGAUUUUGGGGAUGAAUUUGGAACUUGGUUGGACAACUUCUGUGAGAAGUACAGUGUCGCUGAGAAUGAGCAGACUUCGCAGACAUCUCCAAACAAGAACAAGCGUGACGGUGAGGAGCCAGAGAACCCAACACCCGUCAAGAAGAACAAGGUCGAGGAGGUUGGCCCAGAGUUCAUCCUGGCAAAUGACAAGGUGCAAGAGACACUCCUUUUUGAAGCAAAACUGCAGGGCAAGGAUAGUCUCAGUUUCCAGAUUCGGACAGGCCACCAACUCUUUGUUGUGAAUUCCACCCCGAGCGAGCUGUCAGUGAAGCCUGGCACCGCACUGGUGGGAUUUGGUCGGGGGAGCUUCAAGUUGGUCAAGGACAACGAAGUGUUGAGUGAGAAGGCCAUGGUCUUCGAAAUGUCUUCUGAGUCGCUUGUGUCUUUGAAUGGUGUGGUCAGCACAGUGUCCGAGGUCUUGGCGAAGCAAAGGGAAACUAAACCCUCUGCGGAAGUUUGCUACCACAAGGCCACUUUGGUUCCAGACAAGCUUGGCGUCUAUGACUUUCGGGUCACCCACAAAGUCGCUUUCGUGCCUGCUGCCGCUGGAAAGAAUGAUGCUGACCAAGGCUCUGGCACUGGAAAGGAUGAUCCGGUCAGUGCCUCCAACAUUGCAGCCCGUGAGCCUUCUUCGACCUUUCAGGGCAUGCACUCCAUGAGCCUGGUUUGGCACGUGAAAUGGACGGUGAAAGGGUUGCAGCCAGUGAAAGUCAUGCUCCAUUGCAUGAAGCAGUUGGUGCUUCCUGCCGGUCAGUGCUGCAAGGUCAGGACCUGA